AAAAAAACGAAACUGCAAUGCUCUGGGCAGAUCUGGGCAGUGUGUUUUGAAACUGCAAUGCUCUGAUCGCCUUUGACCUCUGGCUUGCGAUGGAGAAGUAUGAGGGCGUGAUGCGGAUGUUGCAUGGAGACCUUCAUGAUCCCAGCACCUCCUCGGAGUCCGAGUCCAUCGAUCCCAACCAACCGGACAUCUUGAUGGACCAGACCAGUCAAGAUUGUUUCGACAAGGAAGUCUUCAGGGAUCAGCUGUUGCUUCACCUCACUUCCCCUUUCUGCAUUCCGUUCCUCCUGGCGGCGGGGAAGUCCACAUUGUUGGCGAACACAUCGCUUUGGCCCUGGGAGAAUCUCAGUGACUUCACGUGGUCGGUGGUGCCGGCCUUUUGGUACGUGAACCUCCUGCUCUUUGUUCUCUACAACCAGGACUUUGCCGAAGCCAAUAUCUAUGGCUCAGAGAUCGUUUUUCUGCCUUUGGGCGCCAUCCUGGUGCACCGCUCCAUGAUUGCUUUGAAGUAUAGCGGCCUCUCGCAGGUGGAAUACCAACGUUGGCGCAUGGCGCCGCCGAGUUUGGCCCACCGGUGGAGCAAGCAGAUCCAACUGCUCUCGUCUUGGCUUCCACUACCGGACAAUGUGCUGGAGAUGGAAGUGCAGAAGGCUUGCCGCAUCCAAGGUGCCAACCUUCUCGAGCUUCGCUUUCAACACGAUGUGCGUUGCGUGAACUCCUUGAGGGCUUGGAAAGUUUGGCAACAGAUGUCUGAGUGCUCCACUGAGCAGCUUCAUGGCGAGCUGCCAUGCCAACAUGGGGCCAUGGAAGAUCAAAGGGUGACUCAAGGUGUACAGGAGCUCAGUGCCACGGAGGUUCUACUCACCUUGUGGCGCAUGGCUAUCGACCAUGUGGUGCGCUUCAAUCGAGUGCGACUGGUAGGCUUCUGGGCCUUGCUGCCCUCCUGCGUGCCUAUGAUCUGGAGAGCCGUUGCUUCUUCCGCCGAGGACACCAGUAGACCAGACCUCAUUCUCCAAGCUGCAUUCGGUCGUAGCCCACCUGUGAUCUAUGCAGUGGUCACCUCUGCAUUGAUUUGUUACAUGCACGUCUUCCUAGCAGGACUCUUUGCAGUCAUGGGGAUCGUCCACUACAAGCGAAUGAUGAUGGUGCUCCAAUCCAUUUGCCGCCUCACACGGCCACUCUUCUGCGUCUUCCCGAAUCUACCGCAGGCUCAGCUGAGUGGAAGAGUCGGUGUGGAGAAUAUGCGCGCGGUCUUGGCCUGCUUCGAGGUGACACUGCGCUUGGGCGGGAGAUACCAGAACAGAGUGGAGGCUUACAUUGCCACACUGGCGAGUGCGGCAACACUGGGUAUGAGCUUCAUUGUGGUGGGCGUGGUCAUCGGUGUCCACAAUCAGAUGAAUUCCUUCACCGUUGUGAUCCUCUCGUUGAACUUAGGUGUGACAGCGAUCAUGUUUCAGAUGAUCUGGUAUGGAUCAAAGGCCAACGAGAACUUCGGCCUCUUAGCGAAUAACAUCUGCCGGGCGCGGUGGCGAAACUCGGUUCAGAAGGAGGACGAGGACUGUGAGCAGGUGAUGAGCUUGGCCAUGGAGCGGCUGGCGAUCCUGUGCGAGACGGAGCCGGUCAACAUUGCCGGGACAGUGCCCACCUGCGACCUGGGCUACAGCUUGCUGUCAGUGGACGCUUGCACAUGGACGUGGUGUGGGGGUGCACAUGGAAGUGGGACCCAAAUAGUAAGGCCAGGAGCCCCGUUCGUAGCUUCGGCGCUCCGCCCUGCCGUACGUUUCGUCUUUCAACGGGAAUACCAGAGAAAUCCAUUGAAAGAAUCCAUAGAAAUCUCCCAUCCCCAAACCAAGAGUGGAACCCGCAAGAGUUGACAGAUUG